UGGGUCUACAACAGACCCACGUUUGGAAAGUCUGUUUAAUAAUAUGAUCCUUUAAGAUAUUUCGUCUCAAUACAAUUGAACGCAACGCUAGUGUAUAUAAUUAGAACCGCGUUGCUAAGAGUGCAGGAAAAUAAGACAGGUGUCAAAUACUGUAGCUAGCUAGAUACAUUUGAUAUUGUAUUGUGAUCACCUUGAGAAAGUGUCCACCUAUCAUACUUUUUUCUAAACCAAAACUUGGCACGGCAUUGGUCCUUGUCCACCUUCAUGGCCUAUGGCUAUGUUAUGCACCCCCUUAUAAUUAGCAGUAAUGACUAUAGAACAAUCACAUUUAUUCGUUUUUAACUGUGGUACAUCGACACAGAGAGGGUUUCAAACCUCCAAUCCUCCAAUUUAACCUAUUUGAUCGUAGAGAACUCCAGUAACCACAAUUCCUGCUACUGUUUACAUCCAAUUCGUGACGUCAUUCAAGAAGCGACAAGAUAACCGCGGACAACUUUCUAACUGAAGACAGAUUUAUAAUGGAUUUAUAAUAUUAUGGCUUUCAUUUGAGUUUUGUACUCAAUAAAUAAUUUUGCGCGAUAUUGAUUGCUCGAUAAUAUGCGUGUUGAAUGCUCUUCUUGCGAUUGGAGACCAGCAAUAACGUGUUAUUUCAAAUUUCGCGCUGUACAGACCGCCAGACGAUAGGCUGGUAUUCAGGCUAGCUAAUUAACAGUGAAUUAGUUACCACUGCUAACUCACUAGCUAGCUAGAUCCAAACGUAUCAUAUCCCCAAUUCUGCUCAUCAAAAAAAUGCAAACGACCGACAUUGGAAACAAGGAGGAGGGAAAAGUAUGGCAUCGAAAACCAACACCAAGUAAUACUGGUAUCAUGGUCACAGUGAUUCGCAGUGCAGCUGCCUACCAGUCCAAAACAGUCCGCUUCCUUCAUGUCACCUUUGACACUACAGGGGACUCUUUCCUGGCUGGAGAUCACCAUGGGAAUAUUUAUGUAUUAGACAUCACCAGAAACAGAUUUAGACUUGUCCAGAAAACCGGUCAAGCAUGCACUGCCUUGGCCUUCAACUUGCGCAGAACAACGGAAUUCUUGGUUGCUCUUGCAGACUACUCCAUCAAGUGCUUUGACAAAGAUACGAAGCAGCUGGUGAGCUGGAUGCGGGGUCACGAGGGGGCGGUAUCCUCCGUGUCGGUCCAUGGCUCUGGCCGCUACGCCAUCAGUACAUCAGCUGACACGGCUCAGCUCUGGGACCUGGACACCUUCCAGAGGAAGAGGAAACUCAAUGUCCGCCAGUCUGUCGGCAUACAGAGGGUGUUCUUUCUUCCUCUGGGGAACACCAUCCUCAGCUGUUUCAACGAUGACUCCAUCUUUGCCUGGGAGAGUGACACGUUAUUCUGCAAAUACCAGCUGCCUGUUCCUGAUGAGGGACCCAGGAUACACUACAAGGCAUUUGCUGUCACACGUGAUGGGAAGAUUCUGGCUGCAGGGGGCAGAUCCAACCUUCUCCAUCUGUGGUGUCUGGACACCAGGCAGCUGCUUAGAGUGGUCCAGAUGCCUCCCAAGGUCCGCACUGUCAGACAGCUGGAGUUCCUACCAGACAGCUUCGAUGGUGGGGCCAGCCAGACUCUUGGGGUGCUGAGUCAGGAUGGUGUGAUGCGUUUCAUCAACAUCCAGACCUGCAAGCUGCUCUUCAACAUCGGAUCCCAUGAUGACGCCAUCACCUCAGCCACCAUCAGUCCCAACGGACGCCAUAUUGUCACGAUAAUGGACAACGGCAGCCUAAACAUCUACAGUGUUCAGUGUCUGACCCAGGACUAUAACAAGCCUCCUCCGUCCCUGGUCAAAGUGGUGUCUGAGGGAGAGUGUUCCGCUCUGACAAUGAAGGUGAAGUCAGAAGGGGUCCAGCGGCCGGCCAAAAACCCUGGUCGACGGGUCAAGACCAAAUUCCUGAGGCCUCCAGCUGUCCCCAUGACAGAGGAUAAAGAGAAUGAACUGCCUGACGGUCUAAACAAGAAGAGACUUGUGACAUUACUGAAGGCAUUUGGAGAAUAUCCAGCUAAAUACAGGAUGUUUGUGUGGAGGUCCCUCCUGCGUCUACCAGAGAACCACGCAGCUUUCAGCAGUCUGACCGAUAAAGGCCUGCACUCUGCCUACCUCAGCAUCCAGGAGAGAUACCCCAUCAAGAGCCACAAACUGCAGCGGGGACUUCAACGAGUGUUGUCUGCACUAGCCCACUGGGCGGCCAUCUUUGGAGAGACCGACUACCUCCCUCUGAUGGCGUUUCCCUUCGUCAAGCUCUUCCAGAAUAACCCACUGCUCUGUUUUGAAGUGGUCGCCACCACUAUAGUGAACUGGUGCCAGCACUGGUUUGAAUACUUCCCCAACCCUCCUCUCAACGUACUGAGCAUGGCAGAGAAUGUUCUGGCUCACCAUGACAAGGAAUUGCUGCAGCACCUCAUCGACUGUGGAGUCACCUCUCAGCUGUAUGUGUGGCCCCUGUUAGAGACUCUGUUCUCUGAGGUGCUGACCAGAGAUGAGUGGCUCAAACUGUUUGACAACGUCUUCUCUAACCAUCCUGCCUUCUUAUUGGUAUCUGUGGUCUCAUAUGUUACCUGCUGCCGUGCCCCACUACUGCUCUGCAGCCACAAAGAGGACUUUGAGUAUUUCUUCCACCACCGUAACAACCUGGACGUCAGCUCCGUGAUAAAGGAGACCUACAGGCUGAUGGAGAGCACCCCAGCAGACAUCCACCCCAGGAACAUGCUGGAUGACUUUCAGCCUCUGACCAGGGGACAGUACCCUGUCUUCAACAAGUACCCCACCUACAUAGUGGAGUACCAGUCUCAGGAGAGAGAGAGGAUACGCCAACAGGAAGUGGACUACCUCAGAGAGAGGCAGGCGGUGCAGGAGCUGCGUGCGAAGGCGGUUCAGAGGCAGGCUGAGGACGAGGCAUGGUACACCCAGCAGGAGAUACUGCAGCAGGCUGAGGAGAAACGCAGGGACAUCCUACAGCAGGAGGAGAGCAAGCUGGCUGAACAGAGAACCAGGUUAACAGCCAUGAAGCGUGAGUUGAAGGUGAAAGAGCUCCAGCUGAUGGAUGCUGCCAGGAGACGCUUCCUGAAACAGCAGCAGGACCAGAGACUGACUGAACUACACAGACUGGACGAGCAGAUACAGAGGAAGAUGAACACCAGAGACCAGGAGACGGCAGCAGCAGUACAGGAUAUACAAGUCAGACAGAUGGAGCUGGAAGCACAGAGACGGCUGUUUGAACAGCAACUGGCCAAGGAGCAGGUGCGUGUGACUCAGGAGGUCAGAGCAGAGGUGGAUACCAGGAGACACAGGUCAGAGGUUGAGGAGACCACCUUCCAACACCUCCUUAACAACGACACUGACGUCAGCCUGGGAACCAAUAAGGUUCUAGAGGAGUGUUUAGCUGAAGCAGGCCAGCUGGGAGUGGACACCGAGUGGCAGGCUGAGGUGAUGAGGCGUCUAGACCAGGAGGAUGCAGCCCGGGACAGACACUACCACCAUCUGGCUGGACUACACAGAGAGACCCUCACCAAGGAGCAGCAGCUAGUUAACAUCAUGGAGGAUGUAGAAGGACAGAGGUGGGAGGAGGUGGUGUCUCAGAAGGCCCAGCUAGAGGAGCAGAGGCAGGCUACAGCCACAGCCGAGGCCAACAGGAGAGUCUUCUUCAGCCAGGAGGAAGAGGAGAACGAGCAGCACAGAGACAACCUCCGCAGGAGCCAGGACCACUCACUCAGUCAACAGUGGGAGAUGAGAGCCAGGUCUCCGUGCUCCACUAGUGGCCUGCUUCACAAUUCUGUUGCUUCUCCUGGUCCUCAUCAGUCUCAACAACGUCACAGUCCCAACAACAUCUGUCUAAACAACCAGUCCACCUCAGACGACUCCACUUGCUUCUCUCUGGACCGGGGUCGAGGGGAGCUGGACUGCAGAGAGAGGGAGUUGAUGCAGAACAUCAGAGAGCUGCGGCAGAAACUGGCGGCCCGCGCCAAAAACUCCAACUCUACAGUCUCCCAGUAACCACGACGACACACAAACACACCUGCUGUGCCUUUUUGUUUUGCAUAUCUAGACUUGAAAAGGAAACUGAAAUGGUUUGUGGUUUUCUGCUCGUUUGUCCGUUUGAAAGAAGAUGCUGAUAUUAUUUGACUUAACAAACAGCUGUCCUCUAACCACAACCCUGGUGUUGACUAGUUAAAGAGGGAUUAAAUGAAAGCAUUCCAUGGUCUUAAUGAGAUUUGUAGCACAACCGUCUCCUGUGUAUAUUUAGUUAUUUAAGUUGUUUUUAAGUAUUGUUGUAUCAACUGAGUCAUUUUAUCUCUGCCUUGUUGACUAGUUCCAGGCGUACUCUGGUCUGAUGGUGACUUGACUUGCUAACCUCAGCAUAGGUAUCCAGGUCAUUCACCUUUUAAUAAAGCCUUAGCAAAU